AUGGCUGUCGGAACGAUCGGGUUGGCGUACUGGACGAGCGACCUGGGCACGGGGAUAUUUCACUGGAGCGUGGAUAACUACGGGAGUAAGGCGACACCGUUGCUCGGUGGGGUGAUUGAUGCGUUUCAAGGGCACCACAAAUACCCGUGGACGAUCACGAAGCGGCAGUGGGCGAAUAAUGUGCACACCACGUGCGUGGCGCCGCUCGUGUUCACCACGCCGACGCUGUUGCUCAACGAUCGGGCGACGGAUUUGAUAUUCGUCGGCGUUUUCACGUCUUUGAUCGUACUUAGUCAACAGUUCCACGCCUGGAGUCACAUGAAAAAGAGCGAGUUGCCGCCGCUGGUGCUCAAGGCGCAAGAUAUGGGGCUUUUGGUCGGACGUCGCGACCAUGGGCAGCACCACAAGUCGCCGUUUGAGGGUCACUAUUGCAUAGUCAGUGGGUACUGGAAUCCGAUUCUGGACGGCAGCGGGUUUUUUCGCGCGCUCGAACAAGCCGUGUUCAAGGCCACGGGCACGGCUCCGCGCUGCUGGUCGGAUGACGUCGAGUUCAUCGUGCAGGAAAGCGCCCCCGAAGGCUGGGGGCGAGGCGUGCUCAAGUGA